AUGCGAGGUCUCGUUAUUCUCAGUGCGGCUGUCAGCCUGGCUAAUGCUGCCGUUGUCGAGAGGCAUUACCCUGUUCCUGGACAGGAGGAGUAUCCCGCUGUCCCUGAUACCGAGUAUACUCCCCCGGCGCCUGGAAACGGUGCCUACCCUCCUCCUGCCGUCGAGAAGCCUUCCACCAAGCCUUCUAACGAGUACCCUCCCCCCGAGGCUACUAAGCCUUCCAACGGUGGUGCCUAUCCUCCCCCUGAGGAGACCAAGCCUGUGACUCCUCCUGAGGAGACUCAGCCUACCGGCGUUUACCCUCCUCCCGAGAAGAGCACUGAUGUCUAUCCUCCUCCUGAGAAGAGCACCGACAUCUACCCUCCCCCCGAGAAGACCACUGGUGUCUACCCUCCCCCCGAGGAGACCACCAGCGCUUACACUCCUCCUGAGGAGACCACCGGCGUCUAUCCUCCCCCCGAGGAGACAACUGAUGUCUACCCUCCUCCUUCCGAGACUCAGCCCGAGGAGCACAGCUCAACCGAGACUCCUUACCUCCCUCCUACCGAGACUCUUCCUUCUGCUGAGAGCUCCACUGAGACACCUUACCUUCCUCCCAGCGAUACUCUCCCUGCUGAGGGUACCUCAACCGAGACUGGUUACCUGCCUCCCACUUACACGAAGCCUUCUUACAACAAGCCUUCGUACACCAAGCCUGGUUACCCUGAGACCUCUAAGUGGACCACCUCAACCAUCUACACCACUCAGGUCCAGACUGUCACCAAGUGCCCUCCUGAGGUCACCAACUGCCCUGUUGGCCCUCACGUCACCACCGAGACUACCAAGUUGACCACCUCCACUAUCUACACCACCAAGGUGCACACUGUUACUAAGUGCCCUCCUGAGGUUACCGACUGCCCUGAGAAGCCUCACGUCACCACUGAGACCAUUCCCGUCUCUACAACUGUCUGCCCCGUGACCGAGACUCACGUCGUUCCUCCUGUCCACGAGACUACCACCAAGCUGACCACCUCAACUGUCUACACCACCAAGGUCCACACUGUCACCAAGUGCCCUCCUGAGGUUACCAACUGCCCUGAGAAGCCCCAUGUCACCACCGAGACCUACGCUGUCUCUACCACCGUCUGCCCUGUGACUGAGACUCACGUUGUCCCUGUUCCUCCCAAGGAGACUCAGCCCAUCGUUGUUCCUCCUCCUCACCCCGGUAACGGAACAUGGACUCCUCCUAAGCCUCAGCCUCCUAAGGAGUCUCACCCCAGCUACCCUCAGCCUCCUGCUCCUCAGCCCCCCAAGGAGUCUCACCCCAGCUACCCUCAGCCUCCUGCCCCUCAACCUCCCAAGGAGACCUACCCCGCUCCCCCUAAGGAGACUCAGCCUGGCGUCACUCCUCCCAAGGAGACUCACCCCGCUCAACCUCCUGCUCCUCAACCCCCCAAGGAGACCCAGCCCGGUGUCACUCCUCCCAAGGAGACCCAGCCUGCCCAGCCUCCCGCCGAGUCUCACCCUAGCUACCCUCAGCCUCCUGCUCCCAGCAAGCCUGCCGAGACUGCUCCCGUUGUCCCUGCUCCUAGCAAGCCUGCUGAGACCUACCCUGCUCCUCCUGCCACCACUCCCACCCAGGUCACUGCCGGUGCUGGACGUGUCGGAGGUAGCGUCGGAGCUGCUCUCUUCGUCGCUGGUUUUGUCGCCUUCUUCCUGUAA